AUGGCUACUCUCAAGUCGCAUUUUGCUCCGAGCAAGAUUAUAUUUUAUAUCCUUUGGUGGGGCUUCCACUGGACGAUAUUUGCCAUCGGCUGGUGGAAACAAGCGGGUGAUAUUCGGCUGGCCGGUCUCAACACACUCACAUUCUCAGUAUGGCUGUCUCGAGGAGCAGGUCUCGUCCUGUCCGUGGACGUGCUCAUGAUUCUCCUGCCCAUGUGCCGGAAUUUCAUGCGGUUCCUUCGCCCCAAGUUCAAGUGGCUCCCACUCGAUGAGACACAGUGGUUCCACCGACAGUGCGCGUAUGCGUUACUCUUGUUCACCACGAUCCACGUGUGUGCCCACUACGUCAACUUCUUCAACGUCGAGAAGAGCCAGAUCCGACCAGUCUCGGCCAUCCAGAUCCACUAUGCCCAACCGGGCGGUAUCACGGGUCACAUCAUGCUUCUAUGCAUGCUUCUCAUGUACACGACGGCCCACCACAAGAUUCGCCAGCAAUCGUUCGAGACGUUCUGGUACACGCACCACCUCUUCAUCCCCUUCUUGCUCGCCAUGUACACGCACGCGGUGGGCUGCUUCGUGCGCGACACAGCGCAGCCCUACUCGCCCUUUGCGGGCAAAAUGUUCUGGACCCAUUGCAUCGGCUACGAAGGUUGGCGCUGGGAGCUGUUCGGGGGCGGCCUGUACCUUUUUGAGAGGCUGUGGCGCGAAGUACGCGCCCGCCGAGCCACCAAGAUUUACAAGGUCAUCCGCCACCCGUACGACGCCAUGGAGAUCCAGUUCCAGAAACCCAGCAUGAAAUACAAGGCCGGCCAGUGGCUGUUCAUCAACAUCCCGGCCGUGUCCAGCCAGCAGUGGCAUCCCUUCACCAUCACCUCCUGCCCCUUCGACCCGUACAUCUCGGUCCACGUCCGGCAGGUCGGCGACUGGACCAAAGCCGUGGGCGACGCGCUGGGCUGCGGCCCGGCGCAGGCCAAAGAGUUCGACGACCUCGACGGCAACGGCAUCUACGAGAUCGCGCUGCGAAACGACCAAGAAAUGCCGGCCAUUCGCGUCGACGGGCCGUACGGCGCCCCCGCGGAAGACGUCUUUGACAACGAAAUCGCCGUCCUGAUCGGCACGGGCAUCGGCGUCACGCCCUGGGCCUCGGUGCUCAAACACAUCUACAACAUCCGGGCCGGGCCCAACCCGCCGCGCCGCCUCAAGCGCGUCGAGUUCAUCUGGGUGACCCGCAGCAUCGAGUCCUUCGAGUGGUUCCAGACGCUGCUCUCCUCGCUGGAAGCCCAGUCCGCCGAGGCCGCCGAGGGCGUCGGCGGGCCCGAGUUCCUACGCAUCCACACGUACCUGACCGCCAAAGUCGACACCAACACGGCGGCAAACAUCUACCUCAACACCGUCGGCAACGCCGUCGACCCGCUGACCGACCUGCGCACAAAGACGCAGUACGGCCGGCCGGACUUUAAGCGCCUCUUCGGCGCCAUGCGCGACGGCCUCAUGGACCAGACGUACAUGGACGUCGGCAAGGAGGCCUCCAUCACCGCCGGCAUGAAGGCCACCGUCGGCGUCUACUUCUGCGGCCCCUCCGCCGCGGCCCGCGAGAUCAAGACGGCGUGCAAGUCCACGAGCAACGACCUCGUCAAGUUCAGGUUUUGGAAGGAGCAUUUCUAG